AUGAGAAAGGUCUGGAUCGCAGUUAUCGCCUCCACAUUGGGGGCGGUGGUGGAUGCCACUGUUGGCGGCGUGCCGGCACUCAAUGGUCCUGUUUUCCCGGUCAGCGGUAUCCCAGGCGCAAAGAAACGUGCCGGUGAUUUUGUACACCCCGGCCUCUGGCAUACCCACGACGACCUAGAACGGAUCCGGUCCAAUGUUCUCGGCGACGAAGAGCCCUGGAAGACGGCCUACGAAUCCUUUAGCACUGAUCAAUAUUCCCUGAGCAGCUAUACUAUGCGGGGUCCCAAAGCAGUUCUAUGCCGUGGGCCUUGCAGCAACUACACCAGUUUCACAGCUGACUCUCGUGCGGCGUGGCAGAAUGCCUUGAUGUGGUACAUAACCAAGGACCAGGGCCAUUGGGACCGCGCAACCACUAUUCUCGAUGCUUGGGGAAGUAACUUGACAAGCAUCAUUGGUACUGACACGUCCCUCUUGGUUGGUCUCGAAGGAAGCCUUUUUGCGAAUGCUGCGGAGAUCAUGCGAUGGGAGGGGAACUGGACCGAGUCCGGAGCGAGAUGGCAGGGAGGUGCCGGCUUUUCGAUCCAGCUUUACUGGCUUUUCGCUCGACAGUCUAUUAUUAUCGGACAGGCCAACUAUGGUAUGGCUAGUAUCAUGGCUCUUCUCAACUUUGCCGUGUAUCUGGAUGAUGUCACUUUGUACAACUACGCUCUCAACGCCUAUCUCAACGACCCCUGCGCUGGUAUUUACGGAAACUUCGAAACAAAGACUGGCCAAAGCGCUGAAUCUGGCCGUGAUCAAAGUCACGCGCAAUCUGGCUUAGGAUGGUCUGCCUACGCCGCCCGCACAAUCCAAUCCCAGGGCUAUGACAUUUGGAGCGAAGGGGACAACCUGCUCCUCAAGGCCGCUGAGUAUUCCGCCAAGUACAACCUCGGAAACGACGUCCCCUAUGACAAAAAGUUCUACCGCUGUGAGGCCGUUCUCGUCAACGGCCCCUGGGCAGAGAUUUCGGAGCAGUCGCGUGGUGUGGGACUUACGAAUGGGGCACUGAGUCCUGCCAUUUGGGAUAUCAUUUAUUAUGCGUACAACCAAGCGAGGAAGAAGAGUGCCCCUUGGACAACUCGAGCCAAGAACAAGUUCGAUGAGGAUGGGGGACAGAAGGUUCCUCCGAAGAAUGCGGACCAUCCUGGCUGGGGAGACUUGAUUUGGAGUUAUAAGAGGGGUGAGUCUACGAAAUCGAAUGGCAAGACUAUCUGGGGGGGAGGAGAGAUUGGACCGCAAGGUGAGGGGAUGGUUAACACAUGA